AUGAUAAAUUCAGAAUAUACAGAGGAAGAUGAAGAGGAAUACAUUUUAGCGGAUCAGUCCGAUCAAGCUUCAUCCGUGGCCACUACAACCUGCAGCAACAACAACAUACGAAGACGGAGGUUGUGGUCCAUACCGAGCCCAUCCUCAGGAACGUCACCAUCUGCACGAUGGGGACAUUGUAGCGUCAUGCUGAAGCAUCCUAAUAUCAACUCCAAUCAUCCAACGCUCAUGAUUCACGGAGGAUUUGAUGGAGCCAAUAUGCUCAAUGAUGUACAUUUAUUUGAUGCAGUCACGAAUACAUGGAAACAACCUGUAAAGACGUUUGGAAGUACGCCGAGUCCGAGAUCUGGACAUUCUAUUACGGUCCUUUCGGAAGAGAAGGGUAGACUUUUGUUUAUUGGAGGAGGUAAUGGAAUGCAUUACUUGUCUGAUUUGGUAGUGAUGGAAAUUGUCACAGAAAAUGAUGAUGAGUUUAAAAAGGAAAUGCAAUUACUUUCAACAACGAAUGACUCGUCGAUACAGUGCUGUAACAUGUUUCGUUGGACUCGACCCAAAGUAUCGAGUCGUGUUCGAGUCUACAUUUCUGAUGACGACAUUAUUUUAACAGAGGAAGAAUUUCACAAGCUUCAAGAAGAAAUUGCAAAUAAUAAGAAUAAUUCUAGCGGAACAGUGGAGAAUGAAGGAGAAGAAAACAAAAAUCCACUCGUCUCAUCAAAAGUAGUGGAACAAUUUAUUCGUGCAAAUCAAUCGGGAACUAAGGAAGACUUGAUUGGUUUCGGAAAUCCCUCUCAUCAUGAACAACUUGAUUCCUUAAAUUUCACCAUGAAAGAAAUAUAUCCUGCUCCACGAAGUAGGCAUACAGCUGUUGUCACAGAGGAUAGCUCUCGAGUGAUACUAUACGGCGGAGGAGGAAAAAAUAGAAUUUUUGAUGAUAUUUGGGUUUUAGAUGUGAACGAAAUGGAGUGGAGCCAACCAUCUGAAUCUGAAAAUAAGCCUUCUGCUCGAUGGGGACACUCUGCUUGUGUGCAUUCUGGAAAGAUGUACGUCUUUGGUGGUGUAUUUAAAACGAGUAUGCUCAAUGACUUAUACAUGCUCGAUUUGACGAGUUUUGUUUGGACACGAAUUGAAUUGCCAGAUUCUGGGCCAUUUCUUGCACCUCGAGCUGCUCAUACAGCCAACAUCAUUUUAGGUCGACAUUUAUUGAUAUUGUGGGGAGGAGAUGACGCUAAAUAUUUUGAAGAUUUAUUCAUACUUGAUUUACAGUCACACAAAGCAAGACGUAUUGAAUUUAAGAGUCCAAAAGCGAGAUGUGCCCACACGACGUGUCUCGUUGACAACAAUUAUUUGUACGUGUUUGGAGGAGGUGGAGGCAAUCAUCGAUUUAAAGAACUCUACUUGUUUGAUAUUAAGGCAGCAUUUGAAAAGGUGGGAAUUUAUGAAACGUAUGGUUAUGAAUCCGAUGAUGAGUUAUUAUUGAGUGAUACAGUCGAGUACUCGAAAGGCCAAUAUCUGUCGCAAUAUUUAGACAAGUUGUCACAGACCUAUCUCGAGCUAAGAAGUGAUGUGAAAAUAGAAGGAGGUCCAGAAGAAAAACAACGAAGUGACACUAUUGGUGGCACCACUAAAGAUCUGACAGCCGUUUCACAUUUACCAAACGCUAACGAAAGUACUGAUGUCACAUCGACCAAAACAAAAACCGCACGACGAAAACGAAGCAGUGCCAAACGAAAAACUCUCAGUACUGGAAAUGGAGAUCAAAUGUUUGGCAGUAAGGAAGUCAAAGAGGUUACAAAUUGGUUGGUUAAUCUUGGACUUGGUCGUUAUGCAAGUAUUUUUCUACAGGAAGAGAUUGACUUGGAGUGCAUUCCACUGCUCACCGAUGCAGACUUGUUCAAACUGGGAAUUUCAAAAUUUGGGCCUCGAAAGAAAAUUCUUGCAGCGGCCAAAUUAAUUCCCACUUCGUACAUGUCUCCACCCAAUGCACACCACUCGUUCGUUGAAAAUUCCUCUUCACAAUCCGGAAUGCUAGCAAAUUCAUCAUAUCAAUCCUCUCACCAGACUAAUGACUCUCAUGGAGAUGUUAACACUCAACAUUCCACCACGUCACAUCAACGCUCAGUUUCAUCCUCAUCGAUUACCAUGUUACCUGUUGACCCCAAUAUUGCAGCAGGAUCAUCCUCAGCCUACUUUACAGAGACAGCCAAUAAUAUUAUUCAAUCAGUGGGAAAUCUGACCAACACAUGUGAGGGUAUUAAGGACAGUUUGAAAUUACUCUCCACCAAUCUCUCCAAUCUCACUUUAAUGCUUUCGAAUCCAUACUAUGGAUUUCGACACCCGGCAGCAGUUGCCAUUUCCAUGCAUCAUAAUCAAAUGCAGCAACGAAUUCCUUCCAAUACGAAUACGAAUAAUAGUAUUAGUAACAACUCAAACUCUUCAUCGUCAAACUCUUCGACAUCGUCAUCAUCCAAUAUAUCCUACUCCAAUGUCAACAACCCCAAUUCACAUCUUCACCACCAACAAAUUUCAACUGUCCCUGUCUCUCCGAGACAAACCAAUUUUUCAAUGCCUUACAAUUUGGAGUAUGGUAUGAUUCCGCCGCCACCUCCACCCACAAACAUUUCACCAGUUGUUGUUGUGGGGAGUGGUAUUCCUUCACGACCAAGAAAUGUGUCAGGAGCAAGCAAUGCAUCAAAUUCAUCUUCUUCUUUCAAACGAAAUCCACUUCUUCCACCAGUUUCAACAACACAAACUAUUGGUGAAAGUUCCAACCAUAUUCCAGCAGUAGCGAGAAGUUCGUCACUCCAAAAUUUGGAAAGAUCGACCAGCGGUCGUGAGAAUACUACAACAAGUUCGUCAAUGAAUAGCAACACCACUGCUAAUGGCAUUGAAUCAGAAUUAAUUCAUGCAAAUAGCAAUUCAAACCCUUCCACUGGUAAUAAUCAAACGAACGCUGCCACAAAAAAGAAAAGUCGAAGUAGAAAACCCAAGAAGAAUGGAUCUUCGUUGUCACAACAGGAUCAAGUGAAUGUUGCAGAUCUUUCACCCGAAUUCACAUCCUAUAAUGCUGGCGAGAGUUGGUUCGACAUUACAGAAAGAGAUCAUGAAUCAGAUUGA